UGGCAGUAUGGCGGAUAUCCGGCGCUAUCAUUAUUAUCCGGAUGGUGAGCGGUUUGCUACUGGUCAAGCAGAUAUAUAACCCUUUGAAGAAACCACCUGUGAGAUUAGUUCAGUUAUCUAUUACGGUGUGGCGAGCAUACUAUGCUCCUUCUCAACAUAAACACGAUGAAGAUGGAACUGGUUUUCUCAGCCGGACGAUGGUGGCCACUAUGUGUGUUGACCUGCUGCCUAAUGAACGUCGUGACGGCGACGCCUGCACGCCCCAAGCCAUCGCCAGGAGGCGGUGGGCCGGAGACGUUGGAUUUCAAUCUGGGUCAGAACGGAGAUUAUCGCUUUGAUUACGCCACAGGGGACGCAGGACAGCACUACCACAGAGCAAUCGCCACGCCUGACAACACAGUGAGGGGCCAGUACGGCUACCGCGAUCCGAAGACAGGUGGCGACUUACAGACCACGUACACAGCGGGCAAGCGUGGGUUCCGGGUGCGGGGACCUCAUAUCGCCAGGCGCAUGGACCUCUCGCAGACAAAGAUUCCGUAUAACCCCCCUGUCACCCCGGACUCCCCGCAGUACAAUCCUUCUUACAGCACGUACUUCGACCCAAACGAGGACCCCAGCUACAGCUUCAACUUCCAGACUCGAGACUAUUCCCGAAGCGAGAGCUCAGACUCCAAGGGUGAUGUCAAUGGGAGAUAUACGUUUGUAGACGACGUCGGUGUACGCCAUAAUGUCGAAUACGAGGCAGGGUCUAAGGUCGGGUUUCAUGUGAAGACUCCAUUUCCUGAUUCAACGCCUCUAAGUCCGUCGGUGUUCUUCGCGGGCCCGCCGGCCAAUAGAAAGAGCAGUAAACCACUACGGGGUCACACAUCCAUCCUGAGGGGAAAGGACGGCUCAUAUCGGUUCACAUCAGCUGGACCUGACCAGAGACGAACAGAAGUCAGCGACGCUACUGGCCACGUCAAGGGAUCCUACACUUACAUUGACGACAAAGGCGUACAACGGACUACUCAGUACAUAGCAGGUCCUAACAUUGGCUACAAAGUCAUCAGCAGCAAGACCGACGAAAGGUACCCUGUGUACCCUUAUCCCCCGCCUUACCCAUUCAUACCCAGUAGCAGCCCUUUCAAAGACGAUGACCUUUUUGAGAUCAAUACAGCAGCAAGUGGGUCUGGCGGUAAACCACAGAGUGGGGCAACAGGCACUGCGGGUUCCGUUGGAAAAGGCGAAAAGGAAAGUCAUCCUGAUUACAGCGGUGAAGACAGUGGACAGUACGACGGUUCGUCUGAGGGUAGCAAAGGAAGGAAGCCUGGUGGAAGUGACGUUAGUGGGACAGGUGCGGGUCAGACAAAUGACCCCUGGCCGGAUAUAUAUGAGUAUGAUCAGAAUACUAUGGGCCCAACGACGUCAAAGAAACCUGAUGACUUUACAGAUAUUUUUGGACAGCCUCCUGGCACUGGGCUAAAUAAACACGAAGAUGAAGAUGAAGACAAUUAUGAUCAUGAAGUCGGGCCCUCGAAAGGAGAUGACUCUGGGUCCUUCUUGCAGACACGGCCACCACCAUCCAACAUCCCUUAUGGAAACUGCUGUAAAUUCGUCCAAAGUCACGGUGCUGCAAAGUUCAACGUUCAGGGAGAAAGGAGACACAGCAGGCAGCCUGAUGGAACCACUUCGAUAAAAUCUUACAGUCACGUUCGAGAUUACUCCUCGCAGGGUCAAGACUCAGAUGACUUCGUGGGGUUCCCCCCUGGGUUACCAGUGAGAGGUCACGUGCUGUCGCUCGAUCUCAAGCCGUACGGAUCCAAGAUUCCGUCCCCGGGCGUAGCCAUAGAACAUUUUGAGGCAAACAAGUCACGAAGGGAAGCUUCCAGCACAUCCAAAACAGAGGAACAGUCCACCUAACAGCAUGAGAGCAUUUGUGUUACAAGCUACGAACAGGCAAGAGAUGGUUAUGUGCAGUAGCCAGGUGGUACUCUAACUGUUUGUCUUCCAUCAUCAUCAUCAUCAUCAUCAUCAUCAUCAUAUGUCAUUCCAGAUUUUGAGGGCGGUAUAUAUUUAUCAUUCGCCAUGCGCAUGAACUGAUGAGCAUAGAAUAUUUAACUAAAAAUUGUGCGUUAAUGAUCGAUAGUUCCAAACUGUGAAAGACAGAAGCCUGAAUCUCUUAGAUGUUCGUUAUACGAACAAAUAUUAUUGCAUAAAAUAAAUCCAUAAUCACUAAGGAUUUAGUAUAUUAGCCCAUCCUCCGUUGCAAUGAGUUACAAGCCUACAGGACUUGAAAGAUACGUGUCUGGAAUCACGUAUUAUACGUAGGCAUGUGUGUUAAGGUCAUAUCAAUAUGUCAGUCGUAUUGCUUAAAGGUGAGUGCAUCAAUUAUGCUAUUUUGUGAAUGACUGGAAAGGUUUUCAAAAUUUAAACCAACGCCCAAGAAUAGAACGGAACUGAUUUAACUUAAAUACCCUUGAUGAAUAAAAUGUGUGUGUGUGUGUGUGUGUGUGUGUGUGCGCGCGCUUAGAGGGCUAGGAAAGCUACUGCUAGCUUCUAAACGCCCAACAGAAAAUUCAUCCAUCAUUCCGAUGAUUUUAAAAUUAUUGUUAUAAUGAUAUAAGUAAUAUAAUUAUAAUAAUAUUUUUAUAGUCUAUUUGUUUACCAGUCUUUAACAAAUUAACUCUUAUGGGUUUAAAAACGCAUGUCUACUCAGACGUUGGUACGUCUGUGAAGUUGGGUCUCUACAUCUAAACAUCAGUAACACAAGGGAGUGAAAAUUAAAUAGCUUCGGUGUUCUUAAAGUCCCAUGAUAGGUCAGUUUACCUCUAUGUAGCAAGCCAAGUCAUCUCAACUUAGAUACAUCUAGACACUCUGCGACUGACGACAUGAACUAUAGUCUGAUUGCCCUGCAAAUGUAUUCACAUCAGCUACGGAAUGUGAAACCCUGAAAGUAUAUUACAAUGAAUAAUUGUGAAUUCUGAUAGCCCGGCAACCAUUCUCAGGUGAACUGGUGAUCAUAAUUUCCAAGAUCUCAUCCACACUUAAUAUUAGGCGUCUCAAAAAUAACUUUCACUUCUAAUUGUAGACGUAAAUUUUCUUAUAUCGUGAGGAGAUUUGAAAAAUGUCUUUAUUUAAUCAUGAAUUUUUCAAAAUUUCAGUUAAAAUAAAUGUUCUCUAGUAACUGAUCGCUCAGAUUCAUACUUCUGAAGACGAGAUGGAAUGUAUUAUUAUUAUUAUUAUUAUUAUUAUUAUUAUUAUUAUAGACUAAUAAGAUUCUGGUUCAGUUGGAAUUGAAUUAAAAUUAUACAUUAUUUGUUAUAGCAAGUCACAUCCUCUUGAAAUGGGAAAAAUGUUUUGUCUCUCGGUACCGAUAGAGCCGAGGUCUGCCUGUCAUUCAACCUGAAACUUACUCACCUAAUAAUUAUAUAAUCGGUCUAUCCAUUUAGAAUUCAUAUGACUUUCAUUUGCGCCUAAGAGGUCCACAGAUAUUACAGCGUGUAGAGCCGUUACUACGCAAUGACCGCGAGCUAAGCAAAUAUACCAGAGCUCUUACUGAGUAACGCGCUUCGCGUUUCCGACGGAAAAGAUUUUUUAUUUAUUUAUUUUAUGAUAUUUACAAUCUACUCAGAACGUACUAAUACAGAGUAAUAAGCAAAUGUUAGGGCGUUGCGUGGCUUGUAGGGAGUACCAUCCACUGAUGGAUUAUCCUCCGGUACCUAGAAGAGGUCUUCUGGCCAUUGACGUUUGAGUCUUCUGUUCACUAAGGGUUGGGCGGCGAGUUCUUUUGUUAGUUGGUUUUCAUGGUCCACAGUGCGGUUUCUGUAUUUGUUGGCUUGUUUGUUUAUGGCCUCAUUUAUAUAAGAAACUCCAAGAUCUCUGUGGAGAGUUUGAUUUGAUACGAACCAUGGAGCGUUAGUUAUGUAACGUAGUGUUCUUGACUGGAAUGUUUGUAGGAUUUUGGUGUUGGAUGGCUUACUGCAGCCCCACAGUUCUAUACCGUACGUCCAUAUGGGUGUGAGUAUAGAGAAACGAUUUGAACGAUAAUAGAUGAACUGUAAUUUCUCUCUGUCCGCGCCGAGAUAUUAUGACUGAGACACAUUUGGAAGUUAAUCAGUUUGAAGGGAGCAGCCAUUUAUGCAAGACUUGAACAUAGAGGCAGAGAAAUAGAUAUGUUGGAGCCGUUACUAGGCAACAACUAGACAAUACAUUCUAGUGUUUUGUAAAGUGUGGACAUUAGCGAUGGAGCUACUAUAAUUAAGUGUUGUCACGAGUUGGGUGUUAAAGUGAUCAAUAAAUCCAACAUCCCAUCCAAAACCCCGUCGAGCAUCACUCAUACACGUGACAAUAUUAAAUACAGAUUUGUUCCUGUAGCCAGAUGAAUUGCAUUGAAGAUACCUGCAGUGUAUUAAAGCGGCUGUUACAGGAAACCCCGAAAUUGUCAAUCAUUAUUCUACUUUUUCAUGCUCACACUAUUUAGACGCGGGGAAACUGUUGCAAACGAUCCAUCGGAAUGACUAAAAAUACAUUUUCCUGGUGUUUAAAUGUUGUGACACAGAAAAAAAGUGUUUGUGAAGGGAUGAAUAUUCCACGAAUCAACACAGAGGCAAAUUUAAAGUUUGUCAACAUGUUACAAUUAAACGAAGAAGAGUCGCUAAAGUUACGUUAUCAAUUCAAGCUCUAAUCGCUUUCUCUUACAAAGGUUUCCUCACAGAAACAUAUCUCUAAGACACAGACAAACAAACACUCCUGGAGGCCGUAAUUUGGAUCUCCGCCUUUAAGAAGGAAACUUUUUUUUUAUGCCAUAGUUCCUCAUGAAAAUGGUUAUACAAUACCUUAAAAUUAUCCAUGGCCAUAUGCUGUGUACUGUGACGUGAUGGAAAAUUUUGUCGUCAAAAUUCUGAACUAGCAAAGCAGAAUUAGUUAAACAAGUUUUCUUAUAAAUUACCACAGCCUUCUUAAUUGAUUUAACUGUAAAUACUUAGUUUCGCACUCUAGGCUAUUAGUAACUCAUAUUUUGUGGGGUAUGUGUACAUUUCAUUUAAAAGAAAUAAGCACUUGAAUACUUUACAGUGCAUAUUGAGAUAAGUAAGGUAGCAAAGUCUGAGCGAACCAUAGAAUGAUCUCUCUAAAGCCUCAUUAAUCUAGUUCUUAUUAUUGUUUGCAGUUUAGGUCUAUAAUUCUACGCUAACCUGAGCAACCUGUCUUCAAUCGUUGAAUCUGCGAUUUUGCAAACUAUAUUACAGACCUUAAGACUUAAGUGCCUCAUGUAUUUCUGGUUUUCAUUAUUUGAAUAACCUCCAUAUUUCUGCAGACUGACUUUACAUUAUCUUACUGCUGUAGUGUGCCAUUGCCUAAAUUAUUUUGCAUAGUUCCACAUACGUAUCUAUAUAUAUUCAAGAGCAAGUUAUUUCACUUGAAAUUAUAAAUAUUUGCCUCUCAUUUUCAAGACUUCUCUCGAUCUCUGUGUUUGUUAUUUAAAAUGACUUGCACGAUUUAUCGGUAGCUUAGGUCCAAUAUAAUAGAUUUUAAGCAGCAAAUUCCAGCUUCAAAUGCUCUCAAGGAUAUAAAAAAAUCAUGUCUCUAAGUAGCCGUUAAGUUGAACACGUCUACGUAUAAAUAUUCCCAAAUUUGUUUUUAAAUUACCAUAAUCUUUUAAAGUCUGACUUCUUUCAUAUACAUGAACUGAUUCAAAUUUCCAGACGGUAUCAAAUCAAAAUUAUGUCCCUGACAAUUUCUUCACAAUUAUUAAUGAUUCUUACAAUUAUUGCACUCCUUAUACUUAGUCGUUCCGCGAGACCUCCUUGUGGUUUAUGGAGAAAAAACAGACCUCUUGAACUAACAGGUUACUUGCACUUCGUUCUCCGUCCUUCUUCAUCAGAACCCUUCUAUUAUUAAGCGAUUUCAUUCUUUUGUGUUGACAUCAGCAAUUCAUUCUGAAAGAAAAUGGUCAGAACUCGCAAGCUGUUAUCAAAGAGUGCUCAUGUACACCUCAUAAGUUCAAUAUACAUUUUGAUUUAAAAAAAAUUGAAACGGAAAUAUAUUUUAUUUUAAAUAAAGUACAUGUACGUGAUCUGAAA